CACUCUCCUCCCUAAAACUCUCAAGAACAAACUUCUGCAGAAACUUCAUUCAGAGUCGCCUUGCGCUUGUGGAGUCACGCCGGAUCUGCGCGAUACUUCGGACUACUCAUGGAGAGUGACCUGAGAACCUGACGGGUCUGACACUGUGGUUUUUGUCCAAAGAUGGCCAGGUAUAACGUUUGCUACCAUGAUAAGCCCAUGGGCUUUUUCUACAACAACAGCAACAUAACCUCAGAUGAAUGGGACCAAACGCAGCUCAUCCUGGUUCAGGUCGCUGGAUCCAUCUGCUGUUGUUUCAUCCUAGUGGCCAACGCCAUGAUCAUCACGGCGGUGGUGACAAACAAGAGGUUUCACUACCCCUUCUACUAUCUCCUCGCCAACCUCGCCGCCUCAGACUUUCUCGCCGGGAUCGCUUACGUGUAUCUCAUGUUUAAUACAGGGAAAAUAUCUCGCGAUCUCACCGUUCAAGGCUACUUCUUUCGGCAGGGUUUACUGGACACGAGUCUCUCCGCAUCCCUGACCAACCUCCUGGUGAUCGCCCUCGAGCGCUACAUCUCCAUCAUGAACUGGAAGGUUCACAGUAACCUCACCAAACGUCGGGUGACCCUGUUGAUUGCCCUUGUGUGGGGUAUUUCGAUAUUUAUGGGGGCCGUUCCUAGUUUGGGCUGGAACUGUAUCUGCAGUCUGGACCUGUGCUCCAAAUUAGCACCCAUUUUUAGCCAGAGCUACCUGAUCUUCUGGUCUGUGUCCAACCUGGUGCUCUUCCUCAUAAUGGUGGGCAUAUACUUGAGGAUAUACAUCUAUGUUAUGAGAAAGACUGUUGUCCUGAAGGAACACACUUCUGGAUCUAUUAAUCGAAAGAGGACGCCAGUCAAGCUCAUCAAAACUGUGAUGACCGUACUUGGAGCAUUUGUGAUCUGUUGGACCCCUGGACUUGUGGUUCUGCUCCUGGAUGGACUCAAUUGCGAGAAAUGCGACGUACUGAAAUUCAAACGCUGGCUGCUGCUCCUCGCCGUCCUCAACUCCGUCAUGAACCCGAUCAUCUACUCCUACAGAGAUGAGGAAAUGUGGACCACUAUCAAGAACCUAUUGCGCUGCGUUUGCAGCGGGACAAGGCGACAGAGGUCAUCCAAGGCCAACAUUCAGCGCAGCUCCGGUCGGGAGACAAACAGUAGCCUGAAAGAGAACACCGCAGAGGACAGCAAGGUCUCCACACAGGAGAUGCUGAAGUCUUGAAGGUGGGCCGGGCUCGUUUUUGACUCUGUGAAGGCCAUUUUUGAUCAUCCUGACGUGCUAUUCCUCCUGAAUUCUCCUGCAGUCUGCCCUCAGAGAUGAAAAGUUAGAGCAGAACUCAAAGGGAAUUUAAGGACAGUACAAAGCAUUACAUUAUUUCUACCAUUUUCAGUGAUAGUCACCCGCAUAAACGCACGCCUCCAUGCAGCAUGUCUGAGCAUGUGUACGACCCAGCACACCACAUCUCCCACAGCAAUGCACUUGUUAAGUUUGAACUUUACCUCAUUAAUUCAUCUUCUGAUCAUUUUUCAAGAUCCUCAGCAGAUUUCAUUAGUAUACUUGACAUGCCAUAAAAUCUGUGUGAAUCUGG